ACCAAAGAACUCUAGCUAUAUAUUUAUCUAAACCCUCUUCUAGAAUUCAGACUCUCUCUCUCUCUCUCUCUCUCUCUCUCUCUUAUAUAGCAGCAACUCAAGUCUCAUGAACAGAAGCAAGAGUAUACCUUUGCAGGCCCCGACCUAUGGAAACCUCAUCACCGUUUUAAGCAUCGAUGGGGGUGGAAUAAGAGGGCUUAUCCCUGGAACCAUCCUUGGUUACCUUGAAGCUGAGCUUCAGAAACUGGAUGGUGAAGAUGCAAGAAUCGCCGACUAUUUUGAUGUGAUUGCAGGAACAAGCACUGGUGGCCUUGUAACUGCCAUGCUUGCAACCCCAGAUGAGAACAACCGCCCUGUGUUUGCUGCCAAAGAUAUUAAGGACUUCUACCUUACUCACUGCCCCAAAAUCUUCCCCCAGAAACACUGUCCAAUAUUUCCUUAUGCUACAAAGAUUAUCAAAGCUCUAGCAGGACCAAAAUACGAUGGGAAGUAUUUGCAUGACUUGGUUGGGCAGAAACUUGGUGACAAAAAACUGCACCAGACAUUAACUAACGUUGUCAUUCCAACAUUUGACAUAAAGCAGCUCCAACCAACAAUCUUUUCCAGCUAUGAGGUGAAACAUAAGCCAGGCUUCGAUGCUAAACUCUCAGACAUAUGCAUUGCAACCUCAGCAGCGCCUACUUAUCUCCCAGCCCAUUAUUUUGAAACCAUGGACCCAGAAGGGAAUGUAAGAGAAUUUAACCUCAUCGAUGGUGGUGUGGCUGCAAAUAAUCCGACUUUACUUGCUAUUGGUGAAGUGACAAAGACAAUAAUCAAGGGAAGCUCAGAUUUUUUCCCUAUAAAGCCCAUGGACUAUACAAGGUUUCUAGUGAUAUCAUUAGGAACAGGCUCAGCAAAAGCUGAGUUCAAAUACCAUGCACUUUCUGCAGCCAAAUGGGGCUUGUUAGAUUGGUUAACCAGCGGUGGUGGAACCCCAAUAAUUGAUGUUUUCAGUCAAUCAAGUGCUGAUAUGGUCGAUUAUCACCUUUCUGUUGUUUUCCAAGCCCUCCGCUCAGAAAAUAAUUACCUUCGAAUUCAGGAUGACACGUUAACCGGGCAUGUAUCUUCUGUGGACAUAGCCGAUAAGCAGAAUUUGGAUGAUCUUCUGUUAGUUGGUGAAAGGCUGUUGAAAAAACCAGUUUCCAGGGUUAAUUUGGAGACUGGCAGGGUGGAGCCUUCAAAACAUGAAUCUAAUGAAGAGGCUCUCACAAGGUUUGCAAAACUACUCAGAAGUGGCUUCGCCUUGCAAGGUCACCCCAAGGACAUACCCCAAAACCAAAACCCAACUACUGACUCUUUUGUUUUGCCAUUAAGUUUUUUGUUUUUUGUUUUUUGUAUUGAAUUUUGGUGUUAAUUAAUUUGAGGGAAAAAUUGUUGUAAUAAAUGAUAAUCAUAAUCAACAUUAUGAUUAUUAAUUCAUUUA